AUGCUGUACCAGAUCAAAGUGCCGCCACAACAGCUGGAAGACUGGUUGAUGAGAUUCCAGGAGUCCAGUCAGUGCACCCCAGCUGCUCUCAUGUUCGGUCGAGAGCUCCGCACACCCGUGGAUCUGGUGUUCGGGAGCCCUCCGGAGCCCGAGAUUGCAGGAGGGCACGAGAUGGACUAUUUCCAAAGACUCAGAGAGCACCUGCGGGUGGUGCAUGACUAUACUCGCCAAGUUCAAGCCAGUUCCGGGGUACGUCAGAAGAGGGCCUAUGACAGUCACUGCCGCGGUCAGCCCUUCCAACCUGGGGACAAAGUGUGGGUUUAUUGCCCCGAUCGAAAGAAAGGUAUCUCUCCUAAGCUGUGCAGUCAUUGGAGGGGGCCAGCCGAAGUUGUGGCACGCCUGUCCGACGUGGUAUACCGUACGGAUUACUUGUCCAAGCCCCCCAAGUUCAUCUGUCUCCCAGACGCCCAAUUCGCCAACGUCGUCAACCUGGUCACUUGA